GGCGUCUCCGUAGGUCAGCGCGGAGCGCAGGGGCUGCUGGGAAGAUGGCUGGAGUGGGCAUGGCGGCUGCGGCUGCCACGAGUCCUUGUCGGAGGUGGGGCUGCGCGGCCGUCUCCUUCGGCUUUCACCGUGGCCUCUGCACGUUACUCGUUCGGAAGCCCGAGAAGGCUCCACGGUGGUUCCCAGCUUGCAGACAAAAGGCAUCAGUCUCUUUCCUUAGUCGACCAGACCUUCCAAAACUGGCUUAUAAGAGACUAAAAGGCAAAAGUCCAGGAAUUAUCUUCCUCCCUGGCUAUAUUUCUAAUAUGACUGGUACAAAAGCAUUGGCGAUUGAGGAGUUUUGCAAAUCUCUAGGUCACGCCUAUAUAAGGUUUGAUUACUCAGGAGUUGGACAAUCAGAAGGUAACUUACAAGAGUCUACAGUAGGAAAAUGGAGAAAAGAUGUUCUUUCUAUAAUUGAUGACUUAGCUGAAGGACCACAGAUACUAGUUGGAUCUAGCCUCGGCGGAUGGCUUAUGCUUCAUGCUGCAAUUGCACGGCCACAAAAGGUUGUGGCCCUUAUUGGUAUAGCUGCAGCUGUAGAUGGCCUAGUGACAGAGUUUAAUCAGCUUCCUGUUGAGGCUUUUCUCCUGAGCUCCAAGUACAUAAAACCACUGCCUAAUGAUCUGGGACGAACCAUGAACAUCCCAAACCCAGCUGAACAUUCUUUCAUGGACAACUAUAUAGAGACAAUAAAUAUAAAUAUCCUCAAAAACAAAGGGUCCCUGCCACUGCAAAGUGCUACUGGAAGGAGUGAGAAACGACCACCCAGCUCCCUUGCUGCCUGUGAAUCGAUGGCUAACCGGGGCCCGAGCUACGGCUUAAGCCGAGAGGUGCAGGAGAAGAUCGAGCAGAAGUACGACGCGGACCUGGAGAACAAGCUGGUGGACUGGAUCAUCCUGCAGUGCGCCGAGGACAUCGAGCACCCGCCCCCCGGCAGGGCCCAUUUUCAGCAGUGGUUGAUGGACGGGACGGUCCUGUGCAAGCUGAUAAACAGUUUAUACCCACCUGGACAAGAGCCCAUUGCCAAGAUCUCCGAGUCCAAGAUGGCUUUUAAGCAGAUGGAGCAGAUCUCCCAGUUCCUAAAAGCUGCAGAGACCUACGGCGUCAGGACCACUGACAUUUUUCAAACAGUGGAUUUAUGGGAAGGGAAGGACAUGGCAGCUGUGCAGAGGACCCUGAUGGCUCUAGGCAGUGUGGCAGUCACCAAGGAUGACGGCUGCUACCGGGGAGAGCCAUCCUGGUUUCACAGGAAAGCCCAGCAGAAUCGGAGAGGAUUUUCAGAGGAGCAGCUUCGCCAAGGACAGAAUGUGAUAGGCCUGCAGAUGGGCAGCAACAAGGGCGCCUCCCAGGCGGGCAUGACGGGGUACGGGAUGCCCAGGCAGAUCCUGUGAGACGCUGCAUCCGUCCCCAGUGGAGAGGACGGAUGUUCCACACCACGGGUCUCUGUGACAAAGAAAUAGUUAGUCACCUUCUGACCUUUCUCAAAGCCUCCUGUCCCUGGUUUUUGCAAGUGCUGCAUUUCUGCUGAGAACCCGCGUUGCCUACUGCUGCCACCUCCUGUUCAUUUAGAACUAUGCAAGGACUCCGCUUCCUCCCCCUCAGCUCCUUCUUUGCCCCCAAGUCUCCGUUUGUCUGAUUAUUUAUUUAUUUAUUUCCCCAAAUUUUCCCUUCUCCAGUUACAGAACACACCAAAUAAACAAAUUAGUCUUAUGUCUUAAA